AUGUUGAAGAAGGGUACAGCAUUUGUUGGAAGGAGAGACGAAGUGAAACAGAAUGCCAAGAAGAAGCAUCUCCCCCCGAAUAUGACCAUGUAUUCACUUGGACCUACCCGCGGACAUGCCGGACUAGUGCUGAGUCAACACUAUUAG